AUGACUAGUAUCCAACUUAACAAUAUUUCUAACACACCCUGUAGUUUAACAGCACAAAAUCUCGCGAGGCACAUUCAAACAUUUACUGAUACUUUCGAUUUUAAGCAACAAAAUACUUUGGAAUUUGCAACGAUCCAACAAUCACGCAUAGGAACAGAUUAUUAUUCACAUUUCGAGCCUAUAUUAGAAGAGACUACAACUUUCAAAUCGGGUUCGAAAAAACCUAACAUGAAGAGCGACAAAAAACAUGAGCAGCAGAAGCUAUCUACAUCGAUAGAAACUGAUCUUGUUUCUGAAGACGAGAAAUUUAUAAGUGCGCGACGUAAAAGAGGAAUUCCAGUCGAGAGAGUCGGUAAUACUUCGUUGAAAAAAAGAAGUGUUCACUUGAAACAUGGGGGACAAAAUCACAAAUUAUCAGAUAAAAGUGGUGAGGAUGAUGAUAAUUCCAUCACAAAUGAUUCUUACUUGGUGCCGCGGUCUCACCAUCAACAUAAAUCAAAAAGAACAGAGUCAUCGUUAAAUGAACAAGCUAGUAAAAAGUCAACAACUAAAAGGAGUGUUUCUGCGAAUAAGUCAAAAAUUGGUUACAAGAAAAAAGGACAAGAUAGGAUUGGAAGUGAACGAAUUACCUUGAAAUCGAAAGAUAAAAGCAGUCAUCAUGGAAUUUUUAAUAAAGGCAAAGCUUCGAAGAAGGUUGAGACUAAAGGAGUGCCAGAUUUGGUUUUCUCAGAGGUUCAUUUUCUGGAUGAUGACUCAAAACAGAGAACAUCUCUGUCAGGUGAUGAGGAAAGUUAUUCUGAACAAUAUUCUCACCCUUUACGAAAGAAAAAGCCCAAAGUUACGGCAACGAUAUCAGAAGAAUCUCUUGAAAAAUCAAGUUCAGUGUCGGGUAAAAGUAAUAGCAUUUUCGAUGAUUAUAUGAUCAUAGAUAUGGAGCCACCUAAAAGACCUAAGGUUGCAAAGACGAAAGCAACCCCUGCAAAAUUAUCUUUUGAAAAUUACGAGAAAAAUAAUUCGAAUAGAAGUGAACAAACUUCCCUAACGAACUUGGUUACUGAAAUGCACACUAAUACGAAUGUAUUCCUCGAGAAAGAUGAAUUGAACGAAAUUGACACCAUUUUAGGAGAAACUUCAAUGCCACAACAACUAAUAUCUAAGAAAGAUGUACUUGAUACCAUUCAAACUGACAUUGAAAAAGGCCUAGAGCCUAUUUGUACAUCUCAAGACAAAAAGGAACUUCAAAUGAACCAACAAGAAACUGAACAAACUCCAGAAGAGCCAUCUGAUAAUGAAGAACAAAAUGUCACUCAAAAAGAUAGCUUGAAUGCUGAAAAUGAAGCGCAAAAUACCAUUCCAAAAAACAUGGGACUUUCUGAAGGAAGAAAUGAAGAAAUAACUUUGUCGCAAGCAGCUUCUCCUGUUACUAGUAUUAGAAGCGAUGAGAUAAUUAGAAUGAUAAAUGAUUUGGAACACAAAAUCACUGACAAUAACAAUUGUAAUGAUUUUGAUCUCGAUGUUGCGGUUCUUAACGAAAGAAAUUCGGCUCAAGAUUAUGACUUUGAUGAAAUCAUUGGUGAUUGUGAUGUUACUGUCAACAACAUCAAUAUAUCAGAUAAUGAUUCAAUUGAAAUAGAAAAUGCCAUCCAAAUGAUUAACGACAUGGGGGAAAAUGAAAAAGAUGAUGAGAACAUGAUUUAUUUUUUUGAUGGUAAUAAAUAUGAGUGGUUCUCGAAGCAGCCGAUUUUAGAUGAAGAAAACCCAGUCUCAAGAACCAUUUAUGACUAUUAUUCAGAUAAUUUGCAACUUACAUCUUGCUCAGAGUUGGAAACAGCUUCAGUAUAUCCCGAUGUAGCUUCAUUGAAUCAAAGAAUGCUUGAAGAGCAAUUUAUCUAUGGCGGUGAAACUUUGGACUUUGAUCCCUGUUUUGCGGGAAGAAAUUUAUAUCCUAAACAUCGUUUACACUAA